ACUCUCUCUGCGGGAAAAGUUGUUUCUCAACGCGGCUGCAAACGCUCGUCUUUCACCUCAGAGAUUAAAAACAUCCUCUCCAUCAUGUCGUCUGACGUCUAAAGAAGCGUUAAUAUGCGGAGGAGCGGAAAUAAAACGUUUUUCUUCAAAAAUUAGGAUUUCUGGUGGAUUUUGAGUCUCCGACAGGAUAAAGAGAGACGCUUCCGCGGAAAAGAUGGGAAGUAUGAUACUGAUGGCGCUUCUGCUGGCUCACCUGCCCACAGAGCUGCUGUCCAUCCAGGUGAUUGUUCCAGAGACGGAGAGAAGCACGACUCUGUUUGCCUCGGUGAUCCUUCGCUGUGAUUACUCGACCUCAGCGAACCCUCAGGAUGUGCUGGUCACCUGGAGGUACAAAUCCUUCUGUAAAGACCCGGUGCUGGAGUACUACUCCACAGCUUAUCAAGCGGCUCUGCAGCUGGGUCAGGACCCCUCCAAUGACUGCCCCGACCGCCAACGCACCGUCCGCACUGUGAUCCAGAAGAGAGGCCUUAAUGAGCCCAUACUGGGUGCAGACUACAGAAACCGCAAAAUUACCAUCCAAAACAAGGCUGACCUGGUCAUCAAUGAGGUGAUGUGGUGGGAUAACGGCGUGUAUUUCUGCUCUAUCGACGCUGCCGGUGACACAACAGGGGACUCGGAUCGUGAAGUCAAACUCAUCGUGUACCACUGGCUGACCGUCCUGCUGAUCAUCCUCGGUGCUCUCCUGCUCAUCAUGCUCCUCUGCAUAUGUUGCUGUCAGUGCUGCCCGCAGAGGUGCUGCUGCUACGUCCGCUGCCCGUGUUGUCCACAGACAUGCUGCUGCCCGGAGAAAGCUGUGAUGCAGCACCGGAUGAUGCGAGAGGCUCAGAAGGCGAUGGUUCCUUGGAUGAACGGUCAACCCAUUUAUGCUCCUAUCAGCUCCAACGCCUCCUCCCAGGGCGUUCCCAUAUUGUACUCAGGCUCGUAUUCGGACUACCCGACCAAACAAAACUUUGCCAUGGCUCCCAUGCAGCUGUCACCCAUGGCCCUGCAGCAUCAGCCUCCUCCUCCUCCACACUAUGGGAACGGCAGUGGGCGUGGCAGCUCUCGAGGCACCGGUCAGGUGUUGGACUACCUGGAGAACCAGGUGAGGGGGCUGGAUGUCGGACCACCACAGAUGGCUCCACACGCUCACCAGAAUAUGCUCCCAUUACAACCUCAACUCCAGCCUCAGCUGGCUCCUCAGACGGUCCCCUACACCCCGGGGCCCCCGAGUAUGUUGUCGGCCCUGGAUGAGAUGGGGGUGAGAGGGGUGGAGAGAAGAGUGAUCACGCUGCCUCCUAUAAUCACGCGUGUUCCCAGUUUGUCCUCACGGAGGGAAACUGGAGGUGGAGAAAGAGCCAGAGGUGGUCCCAGGAUAUCAAGCCAGUCCAGUGGGAGUACCAACCGCUCUGGAGGAGGUCUCCCCCGCGACAGUCGAAGCUACAGAGAUGUCUCUCCUCCCAGACGGGGGAUCCUGCGUGACUACGACGGCGACUCCGAGUGGGAGAGCAGGCGAGCAAGAGCGCCGCACAGAGGUUCAAGAAAUGAGAGCGGAGGGAGGAGAGGAGGCGGAUCCAGGCCGCGCGCUCAUAGUCGUGAUGACCUGAUGGAGGAGCUGUACAAUAAAGCAGCUCGGAGGGAGAGGAGCUACUCACCUCCUCAGCGCCGCAGAGGAUCCUGGAGCUCAGACGAGGAGGACAGCAGGAGGAGGAAAGGAGGAAAAGGGAAGGAUUGGCCCGAGAAGCCCCCCAGCUACUCCUCUGUAGAGGAGCAGCCUGUACGCAGUAGCGACCGCAGGAACUACCACCGGCUCUCAGACAGAAGCUCCCGUAGCGGCACCAGCGUCGUCAUCUGAAGCAUUUCUUUUAAUUUUUAAAAAAAAAAAAAAAACUUUUUCCUGAAUGUUUCCAGAACGGUGAAAAUGAAGACAAACAACAACUACCUUCAUCUGUCCCAAGCAUAUUUGUUGUGUCAUUUGAUAGUGAGUCCUGAUAAUGUACUGUUUUGAUAUAUACUUUUACUGCAUAAGCACUGCAUGCAAUUGCAACAAAAAGUAUGAUUUUUAGGCAUGAAGGAAAGUUCUGUUGAGGCUUGAAAUUGCAGACAACAUGCAGUGAUAUAAAGCCUGUGUGUGAUUCUUGUUUUAGCUGUAUUAAAUGUCACAAUUUGUUUCUGGUGGUGGAUAAAAAUAUCCUUCUUUACUUCUUUGGUUUGCUUUUUUCAUUCACUUUUAGGUUAAUUAUUGUGAACGUGUGUGAGA